AUGGCCCUGGAGCAGGCGCUGCAGGCGGCACGGCGGGGCGACCUGGACGUGCUGAGGUCCCUGCACGCCGCCGGCCUGCUGGGGCCUUCUCUGCGCGACCCGCUAGACGCCCUGCCCGUGCACCAUGCGGCCCGCUCAGGCAAGCUGCACUGUCUGCGCUACUUGGUGGAGGAGGUUGCCCUCCCAGCCGUGUCCCGCGCGCGCAACGGCGCCACACCAGCCCAUGACGCCGCCGCCACAGGCUACCUCUCUUGCCUGCAGUGGCUGCUCACACAGGGUGGCUGCAGGGUGCAGGAAAAAGAUAAUUCUGGUGCCACAGUCCUGCACCUGGCUGCCCGCUUUGGCCACCCAGACGUGGUGAACUGGCUGCUGUACCAGGGCGGUGCAAACUCGGCCAUCACCACAGACACGGGCGCCCUGCCUAUCCACUACGCUGCCGCCAAAGGAGACCUUCCCUCAAUGAAGCUCCUCGUUGGGCACUACCCUGAGGGAGUGAAUGCCCAAACCAACAACGGUGCCACGCCCCUGUACCUGGCGUGCCAGGAGGGCCACCUGGAAGUGACGAAGUACCUUGUGCAGGAGUGCAGUGCAGAUCCGCACCUGCGCGCCCAAGACGGCAUGACACCCCUGCAUGCCGCGGCGCAGAUGGGCCACAACCCAGUCCUGGUGUGGCUGGUGAGCUUUGCAGACGUUAGCUUUUCGGAGCAGGACCACGACGGCGCCACGGCCAUGCACUUUGCUGCCAGUCGCGGCCACACCAAAGUGCUCAGCUGGCUCCUGCUGCACGGCGCAGAGAUCUCGCAGGACCUGUGGGGCGGGACCCCACUGCAUGACGCUGCUGAGAACGGGGAACUGGAGUGCUGCCAGAUCCUCGCGGUGAACGGCGCUGGGCUGGACGUCCGCGACCACGAUGGGUACACCGCUGCCGACCUGGCUGAGUUCAAUGGCCACACCCACUGUUCCCGCUACCUACGUACGGUACAAACCCUGAGCUUGGAACACCGAGUCCUGUCCCGGGAUCAAUCUAUGGACCUGGAGGCAAAGCAGCUGGACUCGGGCAUGUCCUCGCCCAACACCACUAUGUCGGUCCAGCCGCUCACCUUUGACCUGGGUUCACCUACCAGCACGCUCUCUAACUAUGACUCCUGCUCCUCCAGUCACUCCAGCAGCAAGGGGCAGCGCUCAACUCGAGGGGUUCCAGGUGCAAGAGCUGCAGACUUACAGAGCUACAUGGACAUGCUGAACCCAGAGCAGGGCUUGCCUCGGGGCAAGCUAGGGAAGCCGUCACCACCACCACCUCCACCACCACCACCAAGCUUCCCACCACCGCCGCCACCACCCCCAGGCACCCAGCUGCCCCCGCCUCCACCAGGCUACCCAGCUCCCAAUCCCCCUGUGGGGCUGCAUCUGGAUAACAUUUACAUGCAGACCAAGAACAAGCUUCGCCAUGUGGAGGUGGACUCCCUCAAGAAGGAGCCGAGCUCCGGCGACGGCCACUCGGGGCUACACAGGCAGGACUCCGGGCUGCUCAGGCAGGACUCGGAGCUGCGCAGGCACAACACGGGACUGCGCAGGCAGGACUCGGACCGCAAACAGCGCUCGUUCAGUAAACAGCCCAGCACGGGGGACUACUACCGCCAGCUGGGCCGCAGCCCGGGGGAGCCGCUGGCCGCACGCCCGGGCAUGGCCCACAGCGAGGAGGUGCGUGUCCACCAGCCCGCACCCGCGGGCUGCUCGGGACGGAGCCCCGUCUCCCGCUCCUCACUCUCCGGCCCCUCUGCUCCCCCGCAGGCGGCGCUGCUCCCCGGGAACCACGUGCACAACGGCUGCUCAGCGGACUCCAAAGCGUCCAGGGAGCUGCCGCCGCCACCUCCGCCGCCGCCGCUGCCCGAGGCCCUGAGUUCGCCGCCACCCGCCCCACCUCUGCCCAUCGAGGGCGCGGGCGCAGCCUGCGGGCAGCGUCGUUCCUCGUCUUCUACUGGCAGCACCAAAUCUUUCAACAUGAUGUCCCCAACGGGCGAUAACUCAGAGCUGCUGGCUGAGAUAAAGGCGGGCAAGAGCCUGAAGCCGACACCACAGAGCAAGGGGCUGACAACAGUGUUCUCUGGCAGUGGGCAGCCAGCCUCCCAGCCUGAGUCACCGCAGCCUCCAGUGUCACCUGCGCCAUCUCGGGCUCGGAGCCCCACCCCGCCAACCUCUGGGCCUCAGCCACUGCUCAAUGGCAGCGUAGUGCCGGCACCACCUGCCACCCCGGCACCAGGAGUCCAUCUGGAUGUGGAGGCCCUCAUUCCCACACUCGAUGAACAGGGCCGGCCCAUCCCGGAGUGGAAGCGCCAGGUGAUGGUCCGCAAGAUGCAGCAGAAGAUGCAGGAGGAAGAGGAGCAGCGGAGGAAGGAGGAAGAGGAGGAGGCCCGGCUGGCCAGCCUGCCUGCCUGGAGACGAGACAUUCUUCGGAAGAAGCUGGAGGAGGAGAGGGAGCAGAAGCGAAAAGAGGAGGAGCGGCAAAAGCUGGAGGAAAUACAGAGGGCGAAAGAACAAUCGGAGAAGCUGCGGACACUAGGCUACGACGAGGCCAAGCUCGCGCCCUGGCAGCGACAGGUCAUCUUGAAGAAGGGGGAGAUCCCUAAAUAAUAGGAGUCUCUCGGCCUCUGGCCUCUUGCGUGUAGCCUCAUAAGUUCUGAGAGAUGGGGAGCGGCCCCCAGCCCCCGCCCCAUCCUGUCAGGUUGGUGCGGAAGGGCUAAGAGCCUUGCCGCCCUUCCCUUCGGUGCCGGAACCCUCCCUAGUCCCCUCCCUGGCCCCACAUCCCCAACCCUGCUGCUGGAGUGCUCUCGCAAACCCCUGCCUGGAAAAAGUGCCCAAGCUGCUGACGCAAAAAGAAAAAAAAAAAGAAAGAAAGAUGCUGCUCAUUUGCAUGCUCACUUGCAUAUAUUUGCAUGUUCACUGACCCUGCCUGAGCUCUCCCCAGCUUCGUGGGUGGUGACUUUUCCUGCAGGGCGCACGCCUUGCUGCAGCCCCCUCCCCCGCAGCCCGGAACCCACAUAGCCGGCGCAUCCUGGGUGGAGGCAGACCCCGAGCUCGGGGAAGGGGUUUUCCUGCCUUCACGACCCAGAUCUGUGCUGACCAAAGUCGCUGCGUUUCUCAUCCCCCAGCGAGGGUUUCCUCUCAGUCAUUUGUUUACCAGAAAGGAUGAAACUUGCCUGUUGGGGCGGAGCUGUCGCUCCUGAGGGGCCCCACCUUUACAUCCCACCCCCACCCCACCCCCGCCCCAAUUAAGCCUUCCAAGUCCCCAGCCAGGACCAUAGCUCCCCUGACCCUUUCACUGCCCCAGUGGUGUAAGUGGAGGGCCAGGGACCCUGCAAUUGUGCCUGCUCCUCACCCUAUCCCCCACCCCCUUCCUUCCCCCAUUAAACCUCU